CGAAGCAAAAGUACGUAUCGUCUAGCAUCAGUAGCAUCCCCACAUGGCGAAGUCCGCUGCCGCUGCCAUUCUGCUCGCCGCCGCCCUGCUCGGCUGCCUUGUCUCGGCGUCGCUCGCCGACCAGGGCACCGCCACCUACUACACCGUCUACACUCCGUCGGCGUGCUACGGGAACCAGGACGAGGGCACGCUGAUCGCGGCGGCGAGCGACGCGCUCUGGAACGGCGGCGCCGCGUGCGGCACCAUGUACACGGUCACCUGCGUCGGGGGCACCAACGAGACCCCGAACCCCUGCAACCCCGGCGCCUCCGUCACCGUCAAGAUCGUCGACCGCUGCCCGUCGCCCGGCUGCCAGGCCACGCUCGACCUCUCCCAGCAGGCCUUCGCCAUCAUCGGCAACCUCGGUGCCGGCAAGAUCGUCAUCGACUACAGCCAGGCGUAAGAUACAUGCAUGUUGUGGGAAGCACGAACUACGUAUAUACAUGCAAAAGCUUCAUUCAAGCUUAUAUAUAUUAUUCGGGGAUGAGUUAGUAAAUACUAAGCAAUAACAAAUCAUGUCGUAUUAGUCUCAAGCUACGACUAUACAAUCCUAGUGCAAACAAGUGAUUUGUUUGCUGAAAUAAUGACCUGCACCAUACGAGUGUGCGUGUAUAAUCGU